CUCGUAGCAUGCGGGACCACUUUCGCCACUCGGUGAGCUCGCUCUACGCCUCGACCGACACGGCACCGCCCAAAGCCGGCGGGCGACACGACCAUCUCGACGACGACGACGACGACGAGAGAGACCACGAGACGUCGUCACGCUGGCGCAACUGGCUCAACGGCGCGCCCGGCAUUCUCCUUGGCACGGCGAUCGCGCUCGGCUGCUUUGCGCUUGUGCAAGCGAUCCCGAGCCUCCACGCGGCGCUCGCCGUCUACAUUGUGGGCAAGAACACGUACUACAUUGGGUGCCUCUACUUCCGCGCCAUGACGUGCGUCGUCGUGCCCUUGGCGUUCACGAGCAUUGCGCUGAGCGUCGCGGCGGUCGUCCAGACGCCCAAAAUGGUGUUUGUGCGCGUCAAAAUGAUGUGGCUGCUCUUUCUUUCGACACUGCUUGCGGCGCUCUCCGGUAUGCUCUGUGUUUAUGUGAUCCGGGACCAUAUCACGGGCAGCGAAUUCGUGUACCGCCAAGGCCUUCUCUCGAUCUACUGCCCCAACACCACGUCGCUGCUACUGCCGUCAACUGAUGGCACGCUGCACUGCGUCGAGAAGGUUUCGGCGACUGCGAAAACCGCAUUUCUUAUCGGUGACAACGUCUACAAGAUCAUGAGCCUCAUUAGCCGCUACAUGCACUACGACUCGGACUCGGCCCAAGUCGUCCACUUGAUCCAAAACCUCGCACCGAGCAACCUCUUUGCCGCCUUCUUCACCAACGACGUCAUUGGUAUUGUCAUGUUCGCCAUCAUCUUUGGCGUUGCGACCGGGCUUCUCUCUCGCUCCGAGUCGGGCAACGUCGUCAUGAAGGUGCUUCGGGAGCUCAACGGGCUACUGCAGACCAUGAGCGGCUACGUGGCGGCCGCGACACCCGUUGCCAUCAUCCCGCUCAUCCUCGCGCCGCUCCUGGCGGGUACCCACACGAUGGAUUUCGACCUGCUCCGCUUGGCGUACUACGUGGUUGCGUAUGUUUGUGGCAGUGUGUUGCAUGUCUGUGUCGUCUUGCCCGCGCUGCUCGUGCUCUGCGCCCGCGUCAACCCGUUUGCGUACUACUGGAAGCUGCGGCAUGUGGCCAUCUAUGGCUUUGGCUGCAGCUCGUCGCUGAAAGCGCUGCCCGUGACGAUGCGCGCGGUGGACCGUGAAGCACCAAACCCGAGUACGGCCCGCUUUGCGCUCUCGGUCGGGACUGUUCUCAACAAGAACGGCGCGGCCAUGUACCUCUCGAUGGCGUUUCUCUGGAUCUUUUACAACGGCGGUCUGGCCAAGGAGCUCACGGCCACGACCGUUGGCGUCAUGGUGGUCUGCGCUGUCGUCGGCGCGAUCGCGGUGCCGCCGAUCCGAACUGGUGGUGUCGGCAUUGUCGUGUGUCUCUACACGUUUGUGACGGGCCUCCCGAUCCCAUUUGCCUUUGCGUUCUUACUCGUCGGCGAGUUUCUCAUCGACCCGAUAGCGACCGUGACCAACAUUGCAGGCAACGUCGUCGUCGCCUACAUCGUCGCGGAUCAAAAGCGCUCGAUGGAUCUGCACGUGGCCGCUUGAGUGUUUGUGUGUAUAGUUUCUUAUUUUAACGCAAUAUCAAAUGAAAGUUUGUGAAUGCAUCCAAUA